UGCGGUUUGGAACGUAGCCUGAAUAGUGCACAUAGAUGCGCAUGCGCAUGUCUGAGUACAAUACGGAAGUGAUAUCGCUAUAUAACUGAAUGUUGUUUCUCUUCACAAUCGAGGGAAGAUUAUAUUUACAUGAGGUGACAUGUAUUUGGGACAGAUAGAUAAUUUAGUUCAUUAAGGCUGUCAGAUCGCCUUUACAACUGCAGUCCGUUUUUGGACUGAAGGAGGGUAAUAAGAAGAGAAAAUGCCAGCUCGGAACACUGUUACGGGUGGACUUCCCAACAGCAAAGUGAGAUACUCCAAACUAGCCAGUGAUGAUGACGGCUACAUUGACCUUCAGUUCAAGAAAAGCCCACCCAAGGUCCCAUAUAAGGCAAUUGCCCUGGCUGCUGUUCUUUUUCUCAUCGGCUCAGUUUUAAUCACCAUUGGAGCUCUGCUCUUAGCAGGACACUUUGAAGUUCAAGAUCACCGUGAGCGCACUAUACCGGUCCUCAUCAUUGGAAUUCUGGUCUUCAUUCCAGGAUUCUACCACUUGCGUAUUGCCUACUAUGCCUAUAAGGGUUACCGAGGCUACUCUUACGAUGACAUCCCAGACUUUGAUGACUGAGUAACAUGGAACAAUGUUUUACCAGUGUUUAUAACUGAUCUCUGAAGAAAAAGUCUCCUCCUGUAUCUGCAGCCACAGCUUCAGUCUAGAGAGGCUUGCAUUUGUACUACAUGAACUUUUUCAUAUUGCAUCUGGAAAAAAGGUGGGUAACUUGAGCCUCAAGAAUCCAAUAUAUGGAUUUAUAUUCCAUAUUUCAGAAAUGGAAAAAAUUUGUUUGUAGCAUUUGUGAUGCUAUGCUGACAUGUACUCAUCUUUAGUGAUGAUUAAAAUUGAGGUGAGAGUAAGCAAGCUAUUUGAAAUGUAUAGAUAUUUGUCUGUUCAACUUUUUACUGUUGUUUUAGAUGUGUUACUACUGUAGAAUAGGUUCUUAUGGGGAACAGAAUCCUGUCAUCAUCCCUGGAUCAGACAGAGCUCUGUUAGAUCAAACUGCUUUAAAGUCAAUUGAAUAGCAAUAAAUCAUGACUAGACCCGCCUAUGACUGUGGUUUCCUGCUGAAUCGCUAGUACUGAUUUCAUGAUUUGUCUUUAUUACCAUGUAAUAAAUCUCAGAGUUUUGAUCUGUUUAAAACCCUGUUGACCAUGUGUGAGAAAUGUAUCAUUCUGUAUUUAUUUAGCAUUCACUCCAUUCAGUUCAUGUGUUUCCUCUUCAUUGUAAUCAGUUAAUAUCUAUAUCAAAGUAAGUUGCUAAGUAAUUCUACAUAGUAAACAAAUACCUCUGGAGUAAAAGUUGCCCACUUUGGAAUUUGCUAAAAAAGCAUAAUAAAGAUAUAAAGAGA